CAUUGGUCGUUCUGUUUCUCCCACGCGGAGUAUCGAAACCCUAACCCCCCAAAUCACUGAAUUUUACUCGAUCCUGAAGCAGAGCAGAUUUGUAUUCGUCAAUAAUGCAACAUCAACAUCAGAGACUGAAACAGCAACAACAACAACAAUCUUUGAUGCAGCAAGCUCUCCUUCAACAACAAUCUCUUUAUCAUCCUGGCCUAUUGGCUCCACCACAGAUUGAACCAAUACCAAGUGGAAAUUUACCUCCUGGGUUUGAUCCAAACACAUGCCGCAGUGUGUAUGUGGGAAAUAUUCAUACACAAGUGACUGAACCACUUCUUCAAGAGGUUUUUGCAAGCACUGGUCCCGUUGAAAGCUGCAAACUUAUAAGAAAAGACAAAUCAUCAUAUGGAUUCAUUCACUAUUUUGAUCGAAGAUUUGCUGCACUUGCAAUAGUGUCUCUAAAUGGAAGGCAUUUGUUUGGACAACCUAUCAAAGUUAAUUGGGCAUAUGUCACUGGACAAAGGGAGGACACAUCAGGUCAUUAUAACAUAUUUGUUGGUGAUCUUAGCCCCGAGGUUACUGAUGCUAUGUUGUAUGCAUGCUUCUCUGUCUAUUCUAGCUGUUCGGAUGCGAGGGUUAUGUGGGACCAGAAAACUGGACGUUCAAGAGGUUUUGGGUUUGUUUCUUUUCGAAACCAACAGGAUGCUCAAAGCGCAAUAAAUGACUUAACUGGGAAAUGGCUUGGGAGUAGGCAGAUAAGAUGUAAUUGGGCUACAAAAGGCGCUGGUAUUAAUGAUGAAAGACAAGGUUCAGAUUCAAAAAGUGUGGUAGAGCUAACAAAUGGAUCUUUAGAGGAUACUAAAGAGCCAAGUGAUAGUGAUGCCCCUGAGAAUAAUCCACAGUACACAACCGUUUAUGUUGGCAACCUUGGCCCUGAAGUUACACAGCUUGAGCUACAUCGACAUUUUCAUGCCCUAGGUGCUGGGGUGAUUGAGGAAGUGCGUGUGCAGCGUGACAAAGGUUUUGGUUUUGUUCGAUACAGUAACCACACUGAGGCUGCGCUUGCUAUUCAAAUGGGAAACACUCGAUCUAUUCUUUUUGGCAAACAAAUCAAGUGUUCAUGGGGAAGCAAGCCGACUCCACCAGGAACGAGCUCAAACCCACUUCCACCACCGGGUCCCGCCCCAAUGCUUUCAGCUGCUAAUUUAUUAGCAAUGAGCAGGAUGGGUGGGGUCCACCACCCCACCCAUCUUAUGCACCACCACCACCACCCACAAAGACAACAUCAUCUGGGUAUAGGUGGUGGUGGUGGUUCAAGUCAGGCGAUGUACGAUGGUGGUUUCCAGGGUGUUGCUGCUGCCCAACAACUUAUGUAUUAUCAGUGAGAUUAUGUGGCGUUUUAACUUUUUUUUUUUUAAUAUAUUUUUUCUUAUGUAUUGUUUUGUUGAGUUUUAUGUGGCAGUUGUUUUCCUUCCAC